CUCACGUUUUCUGACAGCUACUGAACUGCAGCUCCUCAGUCACACUUUGAAACGCUGUCUAUCUGCACAAGUAUUCGGACAUUUUCCAAGACUGCAAAUCCCGUCUUUCCACAAACUGUUUGUAUCGUAUUUACCGGGGACGGUCGGUAAAAGGCAGAACCGAGUGACCCUUGACUGACCACAGGGGCCAUGGCCUUCCUUGGGAGCGCAGUUCGGAGGGUGGUCUCUGCAGUGCGGCCCCCUCUCUCUCCAUUGAGCCGGACAACAGCUCGAUCUUACAGCUCAGAGCCCACCUUGGAAAAAAGUGUUCCCUAUGAGAAGACACUCAAACAAGAGGUCGGCAAGUCCUCUGGACCAACAAAGCCUUUACCCAAGUCAGCAGAAGCAGUGGUGAUCGGAGGAGGCAGUCUGGGCUGUCAGACCAUCUACCACCUGGCUAAGAUGGGGAUGACCAACGUAGUUCUGCUGGAGAGAGACAGACUGACUUCUGGCACCACCUGGCACACUGCAGGCCUGCUGUGGCAGCUCCGUCCCAGUGAUGUUGAGGUGGAGCUCUUAGCCCACACCAGAAAUGUGAUCAGCAAAGACCUGGAGGAGGAGACAGGCCUCCACACGGGCUGGAUCGAGAACGGAGGACUCUUCAUUGCCUCCAACAAACAAAGGCUGGACGAGUACAAGCGCCUCAUGUCGCUGGGUAAAGUUUAUGGUAUCGAGUCCCAUGUUCUGUCACCGGCGGAGACCAAGGACCUGUACCCUCUGAUGAACGUUGAUGAUCUGUAUGGAACCCUGUAUGUACCUAAAGAUGGCACCAUGGACCCAGCAGGCACCUGCACCACCCUGUCCAGAGCGGCCACUGCCAGGGGGGCCACGGUGAUUGAGAACUGCCCUGUGAGUGGUAUCCAAGUGCGGACUGAUGACCUCGGUGUUAAGAGGGUGAAGGCAGUGGAGACCCCUCAUGGGACCAUUGAGACAUCUUGUGUGGUAAACUGCGCAGGUGUGUGGGCCCCCAAGCUGGGAGAGAUGGCUGGAGUAAAGGUUCCUCUUGUUGCGAUGCAUCAUGCCUAUGUGGUGACAGAGAGAAUUGAAGGCAUACAGAACAUGCCGAAUGUCAGGGACCAUGAUGCAUCAGUGUACCUGCGCCUCCAAGGUGACGCCCUUUCUGUGGGUGGUUAUGAACAGAACCCCGUCUUCUGGGAUGAGGUGUCCGAUAACUUUGUCUUCAGCCUGUUUGACCUGGACUGGGAUGUAUUCACGCAACAUAUUGAGGGUGCCAUCAACAGAGUUCCUGCUCUGGAGCAGACUGGCAUCAAGUCCACCGUCUGUGGACCAGAGUCAUUCACAGCUGACCAUAAGCCUCUGAUGGGAGAGGCCCCGGAGGUCAGAGGGUUCUUCUUGGGCUGUGGCUUCAACAGCGCUGGCAUGAUGCUGGGAGGUGGUUGUGGACGAGAGCUGGCUCACUGGAUCAUACAUGGCCGCCCUCAGAAGGAUAUGUACGGUUAUGACAUCAGACGUUUCCAUAACUCGCUGACAGACAACCCAAAGUGGAUCAGAGAGAGGAGCCACGAGUCGUACGCUAAAAACUACUCUGUGGUGUUCCCGUUUGAUGAGCCGCUGGCCAGCCGCAACAUGAGGAAGGAUCCUUUUCAUCAGGUGCUGACGGAGCAGGGCUGUGUGUUCCAGGAGAGGCACGGCUGGGAGAGACCUGGCUGGUUCAACAAAGAUGGGGCCGCUCCUGUUAAAGACUACGAUUACUAUGGGGCUUAUGACGUUAAGAAGAAUGAAAACUACAAAUACAACGAGUUGCUGGGCAAAGAGUAUACCUUUGACUUCCCUCCUCAUCAUGAAGUGAUUAAGAGUGAGUGCCUCACGUGCAGAAAUGGCGUGGUGGUGUUCGACAUGUCCUACUUUGGAAAGUUCUAUCUGACUGGACCAGAUGCCAAGAAGGCAGCUGAUUGGCUGUUCACGGCUGAUGUCAACAAGAAGUCGGGCUCCACUGUGUAUACCUGCAUGCUGAAUAAGGGAGGAGGGACGGAGGCCGACCUGACGGUGAGCAGACUGGAGCCUGGUGCUGCCAACAUGCCCCUGGCCCCACAGUCCAAUGGUGAUGUAUACUACCUGGCCAUUGGAGGAGGCGUGGCAGAACACAACUGGAACCACAUCAGAACCGUUCUUCAGGAUGAAGGCUUCAACUGCCAGCUAACGGACCACUCUGAGGACAUGGGGAUGAUCAGCAUCCAGGGACCCAAGAGUCGAGAGGUGCUGCAGGAGGUGUUGGACGCCGACCUGAGCAACGAAGCAUUCCCCUUCUCCACCCACAAAGUUGUCAGCGCAGCAGGGCAUCAGGUGCGGGCGAUGCGUCUGUCGUUUGUCGGAGAGCUCGGCUGGGAGCUGCACAUACCCAAAGACUCUUGCCUUCCGGUCUACCAUGCUGUCAUGGCUGCUGGGGCAAAGCACGGCAUCAUCAACUCAGGCUACAGGGCCAUAGACUCACUCAGCAUAGAGAAAGGCUACAGGCAUUGGCACGCAGACCUUCGCCCUGAUGACACACCUCUCGAGUCAGGGUUAGGCUUCACCUGCAAAAUGAAGAGCUCCAUCCCAUUCCAGGGCCGUGAUAGGCUGGAGAAACAGAAGGAGGAGGGGCUGAGGAGGCGCAUCGUCUGCUUCACCAUUGAUGAGAAAGUUUCCAUGUUUGGUUUGGAAGCAGUUCACCGUAACGGCACUCCUGUUGGUCACCUACGUCGUUCAGACUAUGGCUUCUUUAUCGACAAAACUAUCGGAUAUGGAUAUAUCCGCAACCCUGAUGGAGGAGUGGUGAGUGCCGAUUUCAUAAAGAGCGGCGAGUUUACCCUGGAGAAGAUGGGAGUGACGUACAAGGCCAAGGCCCAUCUUAAAUCUCCAUUUGACCCUCAGAACAAACGCGUCAAGGGCAUCUAUGAUUGAGAAGGACCACACAUGUGAAAACUGAAGAAAACACACUGGUUGGAGAGUGAGGCUGAGAGAGGUGCAGCUUACAAAUAUUAUGCAUUAUAGCUUAGAUAGAUUAAAUGUGACAGGAAAUAACUGGUGGGGAUAAAAGACACUUUUUUAGGUCUAAAAUGUAAAUCAAAAUACAAAAGAGGUGCUAAUUUAGUUAUUCUUGUACAAAUGUUGAUUGUUAAGCUUUACAUUUUAAGCCUGCUCUGGGUUUAAGAGUAACACUUGUGAAUGCUCUCAUGUGAGAAAUAUUACUAUGAAGACAAACUAUAGGUGAACUACAGUAUCUUUGCUCUAGUAAUCAAAUGUGUUUUCCCAGUACACCUGGAUAAGUCCCUCGCGUGAUCCUGCCAUCUUUGAAUAAGCCUGAGCUUUUUUCUGGAUCGCUUUUAAUUACUAAAAUAACCUCACAUGAUUAGGUCGUUAUUAAAAAUAGAAACUAAACUGAACAAUAUUUGCUCUUUUCAAACAAUCACAAGUACGUUUUGAAGCCUUAACACUAGAUAACUCAGGGAAUCUCCUUUACAUCUAGUUAAUACUGUGAAUUCUCUAUUGGCAGCACAAGUUUUGUGUAUUGGUGCUAAAAAGUAAAUAACUUUAAAUAUUUAGGCAUGUAUAACAGUCAAGUUUUUCCCUUUUUCAAGUGCUGUAUUUUAGAUAUUAAAAUAAAGUAUUUCAUUUAUCCUAUGAGGCCAUAUUGUACCAUAUUGGGGAAUCAAAGUGUUUCCAAACCAUUCACAAGCCCUUCUGGCAGUUUGAGUCAGAUUACAGUGACUGAUACUGUUGUUGACAACAGUGACUAAAACUGAUUUUCACUCUGUAGUAUGGUAUCUAAAUCUUAGGCAGACAGGGUGUUUAUAAAAAAAAAAACACCCUGAGGCAUAGUUUAUCCAGCCAGGGAGGAAACACUGCUGUAGAAGAAAAUACUGGAUAAAGACAAGAAAGAAAGCAGCAGUUACAGAUAGAGCCUUUGUUUUCUGACCCCCCCCCCCCCCCCCCCCCCCUCUCAGUCAUUGCUGUCCUCUUCUGCUCUAUACUGCCGUCGCUGCUGUUUGCAAACUCAAUGCUCUUAAGUUCGUUUCUUACCAAAUGCCAUUGUCAUUUAACAAGAGUUAUCUUCCAAUCCAGGCGCUUAUUUGCUGUUGUCCUGCUGCUAAAUCAAACUCCACCAUCUGUACAUCUGCAGGAGGCGACAGCACAUUUAUAAUCGCCUUGGCCUUUUAACAUUUCAAAAUGUGAUCUUGGUACAAUGGACUAGUGAGUUUGACAGGACUGUUUUGUAGAUUUCUUGUAAUUAAAAUGUACAUUUUGCUAAUACAACUAGCUUCAUCUGUCAUCUCACUCAGUCAUUUAGUGUAUGCCACAUGUAUACACUGUGUGUGUACUGUAUAGAUAUACACUGCUAACUAACCAGCUAUUAUUUUAUUUGUCACCAACUCAUGGUUGUUGUAAGGAAAAUCUUCAAAGUAAAACUGACAGAAAAAGAGGAAUCACCAGUCAAACUCUUUGAUGGCAUAAUCAUGUCUUAAAUGCAAGUAUGUGCAGUAAUUCAAGAUACUAAUUCUGCUAGUUAUGUCUUAAGUCUAACGACAAAAAUAUUUUACAUUCAACACCUGUGCUUGUAUCCCCUUUCACUAACAGUUCAGGCCAAACAAGAAACACAUACAGUGUGAACAGCACAUUAAUAAUUGUGUGAAAGCAGGAAGUCCUCUGUGUGUACAGUAUGGCUACUACUCGCCUCUCCAAUGUGUGUUGCUGCACGUUCAGCACAAAAUGUUUACUAAUGUGGAAUGAUUCAUUGAUUUCGCCCAGAAGGCCAUUAAUCAUUGAAAUGGUUGUUCUGUGUAGCGGCUUAGGUUAAUAACAAGAUUUAUUUGGGAAAUGUUAAACAGACUGACAUAAACUAUCACUACUGGUCCUCUACACCAGGGGUUCCCAACCUUUUUUCCCAAGAGCCCCCCCAAAUGAUUCCUGUUGGAAGUUGCCGCCCCCCCCCCCACACACACACACACGGGGGGGGGGGGGGUGCAACAGUGGUAAUUAAAGUUUAAAAGUCUCAAAAAUGCUACAACUACUGUCACAAACUGGAUGAAUGCGAAGUAUUUUGUUAAAUGAGGAUGAAAGCGUAAUUAAGGAGCACUAUUGGAGUGACUUUGAUGGUUAUUGGACUCAGGAUUAAUUAAUUUGAAUUCCCGCUGAAUGAAGAAAUUAAAUGACGGCGCAAGUGGAAACAAUUCACAAAGGGAUUAAACUGUUUAAAACACAUGCUCAAAGUAAGCUGGAUUUUGCUGAUGUAUUUAUGUGGAUUCAAAAGUCGUAAAUAAUCUACAAAAUGGGAACCACUGCUCUAUACAAUAUGUCAACAGGUAUUUUUUCCUAACUCAGUUCAUAGAAUGUCUCUCUCCAUGAUGUGAAUACUACAAAAGUACUGAUGAUAGAAAGCAGGUGAUUCUUAUACUGUAUGCAACAUGUCUUAAGUGAAUUGUUAACCAGUUAAAUUAACAUUAAUGACCAGUAAACGUGUUAAAUGAUUGUUAAACCAGACUUAUUUAAUCUGUCCAAAGCAAUUUGUGUAUUAAUAAAUCCUUUUUGAUCUGCCAA